AAAAACCAUCAGGUGUUGUUCCUUGUUAUUCUGGUAAUUUGAGGAUUUGAAUUGAGACCUGACAUCAAUUGGAUAACAAAACUGCUACUCGACUCGGACUAUCCAUACAAUUCUUUACAUCUACGACCAACACUACCACCUGCAAGAAUGGCACCAGGAAUUCUCGAAACCGAACAAACCAGGACGACCCAGCCGCCUCUGAACCCCUCCAGCAUGUCCAAGACAACAUUCCCUGAAAAUGGCGACACAGCAGAAUACGCACAAAGUCUAGACGCAUCCGAUCCUCUACGCGAAUACCGCAACAAAUUCCUCAUCCCGACAAAAUCAUCACUGAAAUCCACUGCUUUGUCCAAACCAGACCAUGAUUCGGACCACGACAAGGGUAUUUAUUUCUGUGGAAACUCACUAGGGUUGCAACCUCGGUGUAUGGCCAAGUAUAUCCAGGCUCAACUUGACACAUGGUCAUCGAUCAAUGUACACGGCCAUUUCCGUGAGUUGGAGAACUCGCCGAUUGUGCCGUGGCAGUCGUUGGCGGAGCGGGCGGCUGAGAAGUCUAGUCGACUUGUGGGCGCUCUGAAGGAAGAGGUGGCGAUUGAGAAUACCUUGAGUGUUAAUUUGCAUCUCUUGAUGGCUUCAUUUUAUCGUCCGUCUUCGACACGGAAUAAGAUUUUGCUUGAGUGGAAGGCGUUCCCUAGUGAUCAUUAUGCAAUUGAGUCACAUAUCGGCUGGCAUGGAUAUGAUGCAAAGGAAGCCAUGAUUUUGGUAGAGCCUGACCAGGACCACAUCAUCUCGACGGAAAAGAUCCUGGCCACGAUUGAUGAGCACGUUGAUGAGAUUGCCCUGGUUCUUCUUCCCGGUGUGCAAUACUAUACUGGCCAAGUCUUUGAUAUUGCGCGUAUCACCGAAUAUGCACAUUCGAAAGGUUUGACCAUCGGAUGGGAUCUCGCUCACGCGGCAGGAAACAUCCCACUCAAACUUCAUGACUGGAAUGUUGAUUUCGCCGCUUGGUGCACGUAUAAAUACAUGAAUGCCGGUCCUGGAGCCAUCGCCGGGCUCUUUGUGCAUGAGAGGCAUGGGAAGGUUGAGUAUCCAGAGGGAAGUGACAAACCUGUCUUCCGACAUCGAUUGACUGGAUGGUACGGUGGAGACAAAGCAUCUCGAUUUGAGAUGAACAAUAGUGAGUUAUGUCCCCAAGUUUGCAGAUCGUGCAUGUUUGUUGACAUGGUCAUUCACAGGGUUCAGACCGAUUCCAGGAGCAGGUGGCUUUCAGAUUUCGAACCCAUCAGCAAUCGAUCUUACCUCAUUAUGUGCAGCACUGUCAAUAUACGACGAGACAAGCAUUGAAGCGCUCCGAGAAAAGUCGUUGAAGCUGACGGCAUACUUGCAAUAUCUCCUUCUCAAGGACACAUCACUCAAUGACCAGGAUCGUCCUUACCGUAUCAUCACUCCACUGGAUCCAACAAAGCGUGGAGCACAACUGAGUGUGUUACUCAAACCGGGACUUCUCGAGAAAGUCAGCGGAGCAUUGAACGAGGCGGGUAUUGUGGCUGAUCAACGGAAGCCAGAUGUGAUUCGAGUGGCACCUGUGCCAUUGUACAACACAUUCUAUGAGGUCUGGACAUUUGUGCAAGUGCUGAAGCAGGCGACUGAAGCAUAGGAGAUGAUUUAGCGAGUUUAAAGUCAAGUUAUUGAUGAGAGAUGAGCAUGUCACUGAGGGAUAGAUACAUGACAAGUAGUGACACAUCAUUUGGAUGAUAUUAAACGCCAAGAACGCCAAGGCUAUGCCGAGGCAUGGCACCGGCAUUUCCG